UACAUGACCCAUCAUUUUCUGUCUUGGUGUAGGAACUUAGUGAUUUGGCCCGUGACCCUCCAGCACAAUGUUCUGCAGGUCCAGUGGGGGAUGAUAUGUUUCAUUGGCAAGCCACAAUUAUGGGACCUAAUGACAGCCCAUAUCAAGGCGGUGUAUUCUUUUUGACAAUUCAUUUUCCUACAGAUUACCCCUUCAAACCACCUAAGGUUGCAUUUACAACAAGAAUUUAUCAUCCAAAUAUUAACAGUAAUGGCAGCAUUUGUCUUGAUAUUCUAAGAUCACAGUGGUCUCCUGCUUUAACUAUUUCUAAAGUUCUUUUAUCCAUUUGUUCACUGCUAUGUGACCCAAACCCAGAUGACCCCCUAGUGCCAGAGAUUGCACGGAUCUAUAAGACAGACAGAGAUAAGUACAACAGAAUAUCUCGGGAAUGGACUCAGAAGUAUGCCAUGUGAUGCUACCUUACAGUCAGAAUAACCUGCAUUAGAGCUGGAAUAAACUUUAAAUUACUGUUCCUUUUUUUGAUUUUCUUAUCCGGCUGCUCCCCUGUCAGACCUCAUCUUUUUUAAUUUUAUUUUUUGUUUACCUCCCUCCAUUCAUUCACAUGCUCAUCUGAGAAGACUUAAGUUCUUCCAGCUUUGGACAAUAACUGCUUUUAGAAACUGUAAAGUAGUUACAAGAGAACAGUUGCCCAAGAUUCAGAAUUUUUUAAAAAAUGGAGCAUGUGUAUUAUGUGGCCAAUGUCUUCACUCUAACUUGGUUAUGAGACUAAACCAUUCCUCACUGCUCUAACAUGCUGAAGAAGCCAUCUGAGGGGGGGAGAUGAUGGAUGCUCAGUGGUCACAUCAGAGAAGAGCAUUGUUCUAGCAGCAUCCAUUCUUGUCUAAACCUUCCACUGUUAGAGAUUUGAGGUUACAUGAUAUACUUUAUGCUCAUAACUGAUGUGGCUGGAGAAUUGGUAUUGAAUUUAUAGCAUCAGCAGAACAGAAAAUGUGAUGUAUUUUAUGCAUGUCAAUAAAGGAAUGACCUGUUCUUGUUCUACAGAGAAUGGAAAUUGGAAGUCAAACACCCUUUGUAUUCCAAAAUAGGGUCUCAAAACAUUUUGUAAUUUUCAUUUAAAUUGUUAGGAGGCUUGGAGCUAUUAGUUAAUCUAUCUUCCAAUACACUGUUUAAUAUAGCACUGAAUAAAUGAUGCAAGUUGUCAAUGGAUGAGUGAUCAACUAAUAGCUCUGCUAGUAAUUGAUUUAUUUUUCUUCAAUAAAGUUGCAUAAACCAAUGAGUUAGCUGCCUGGAUUAAUCAGUAUGGGAAACAAUCUUUUGUAAAUGCAAAGCUGGGUUUUUUUAUAUAUAUAUAUAUAUAUAUAUACUGUUGGGAUUUGCUUCAUUGUUUGACAUCAAAUGAUGAUGUAAAGUCCAGAGGAGCGAAUAUUUUGCCAUGUUCACUUAAAAGUGCAGUCUGUUACAGGUUGACACAUUGAUUGACCUGAUUACGUGGAAUUAAUAAGCUAUUGGGAGUGUAGCUUUAGUGUGCUGCACAUGAUACUGGCGGCCCUGGAGUUCAUAGAUGGACCUGGGACCCAGCAGCUUUGAGACGUGUGUUUGGAGUCAGACAAUUUAUUUUCCAGGUACAACCCCAUCUAACUAAAUUUUUCCUCACCCUGUACAUUCAACAGCUGAAAAAACCAUAAUGUGGGGGUAAUAAUGAGUCAAAUUUUACAAAAUAAAAGUCCUGUUUUGGUGUGGGAGCUGUCCCGAGGCUGUGUUGAAAUGACUGUGUGGGGUACUGAGUGUCCACUGAGGGGUUUGUUCAGCCAUCUACAUUAAUGAGCAUUUAAAUGCAACAGAUACCAUUUCAGGGGACUUAACAUGAAUGAAUAAAAGUCAAUGCGAUUGGAUUAUUUGUUUGACAAGUGCUAUCUGUGCCACUAACUUAACUUCUGUAGUAACAAGGGCAUUAUCAUUCUUCACCCUUCCUAAUUCUGAUCCUAAAGUUUUAAUUUUUUUCCUGGUUAUUUUGGUUUGUCCAUUGCUUUCUUACAAUCCUGUAUGCCAUUUCUAAUACAUCUGUGACUUUUUUCCACUUCCACAUUUUUGCACUGCUUACACUUAAUGUGCAAUCUACUCCGUGUCUGCACACAGAUGUGGAAAGCUAGAUAUAAAAUAAAUGUUAAAGCUUGAUUUUUAUAAGCAUUUUAAUAUGUAGUUUGGACAUGAUUUAUUGACUUACAAGGUUCUUUAAACUGGAAGUGAUAUGCAUGUCUUCCGAAGAUGUUCUAACUUAAUUCUGUAACACACAUUUCAUUGAGAAAUACCAGCCCAGCUGUAGUUUUCCAGUAAGUCCACAUUUGCUUUAAAUGAAUCAAAGGUAAAUAACAUACUGUUAAAACUAUUUUGGACUUGGAUUAUAGGAGAUUAGUAACUUCACAAGGUAAGAAGUAAUCUUAGCCUGUUUUCAAAAUAAUUAUGAGAUUACUGUACAUUAUGAUCUCAAAAUAACAGCUUUAGUAGGCACGUCAUAUUUUGGAAGUCAGCAGUUAAAUGCCAGAGCUUCUGGAUUCCUAUAUUGGCUUUCAAAAGGACCUUUUUAGCCAUAGAUGACCGUUAACGUAUUUAUUGAGAUGACUUCCUUAAACACUGGUGGUCACAGAGUGUCCAACUUGAUGCUUUCUACAACAUUUCUAUGUCAUUUAAAAGGGAACAAGCCAUAAAGGCUUCUCCAGGUUUAAAAGAACAGUAAAGUACCUGGAAAACCAACAUUUUUUAAUGUAUGGACACUUAGACAUGAGAUAGUCUCCAAUAAAACGUUCAGGAGAACCCAAGGAUUUGCCCUCCCCGCAUUUGUCAGUGCUAGUGCCGUGUGUUGGACUGAUGUACAUAUUCACAGGUUGAAAUUUGGCUCUUCUAGAUACUUCAUAUGGCCUUCAAUGCAUACGCUGAGAUUAUAAGUUCUUAGUUCUGCUUAACCUAUAGUCCAGUUGACCUGUUAAUGGUAAAAUCAAUAUCAGAUACUUUCAAGUGAUUUUUUUGUUCCUGGGCAAGUUUGCAAUGUGGUAAUAAGACUUCAUUUAAAAAAAAGUAUUUGUUUUCUUAUGUGGGUGUACUCACAAUUUUUUAAAGUAUGAACCACUGUUAAACUAGUGGUCUCAGGGGUCGUGAAACACUCACUUUUUAUUUUAAUGACUUAGUUGAAAUAUGCUUCCAAUACCAUGCUGUGUUAGUGAUUUGGGAUCAAGUCAAAUUAGCUAUGUUUUGUGUUGGCAUAACAAAACUGUUACAUGAUUGUUGACACUAAGUGAUAUGUCAUAUUUUAUGAGGAACCCAGUGCAAGUCACUCAAUAUUGUCUUAACAGUGACAUGUGCAUAAAGGCUUGUAAUAGUUAAGGCUCAUUGAGCUUAAAAGGAAUUGUUACCAUUAAAGUCUGUGUUCAAAGACA